GGCGCCGGGCCUACCGCGGGAGCGUCCGGAAGGCAGCGAUUUCCGUUUCUGGUCGUCUCUGAUUCCGCGGAGUAGCUACCAUGAGCAAAGCUCACCCUCCCGAGUUGAAAAAAUUUAUGGACAAGAAGUUAUCAUUGAAAUUAAAUGGUGGCAGACAUGUCCAAGGAAUAUUACGGGGAUUUGAUCCCUUUAUGAAUCUUGUGAUAGAUGAAUGUGUGGAGAUGGCAACUAGUGGGCAACAGAACAAUAUCGGAAUGGUGGUAAUACGAGGAAAUAGUAUCAUCAUGUUAGAAGCCUUGGAACGAGUAUAAAUAAUGGCUGUUCAGCAGAGAAAUCCAUGUCCCCUCUCCAAAGGGCCUGUUUUACUAUGAUGUCAAAAUCAGGUCAUGUACAUUUUCAUAUUAAACUUUUUGUUAAAUAAACUUUUGUAAUACUCAAAAA